AUGAACGUCCUCAGUUUCGUCCUGCUUGUGUUCAUAUCCCUCACAUACUCUGCAAAAAUCCCCAAAAGUUAUGUGGUAGAUCUAGAUUCUGCACCAAGUGAACGAUGGAAUGAGGUGAUCCGAGAUCAUCUUGACGUCAUUCCGGAAUUUGUCAAAGCAGCACAGUCUUACGUCCCAAAACAGUUAUUGCCUAUCGCGUUUUGGAUUGCAGGGAAACUAAACCACUUUUUCCCGAACGAAUAUGAAGAAGAAAUACGAGGAAUUGCAAAUGUGUCCGGUCUUCCGCUUGGUCUCGUAGUAUCAAUGAACAUCCUGUAUGAUAUUCUAGCCUUCGAUCGGAAACAUGUGUUCAAACUGGGAUGCACUUCAAUCGUAGCGCAAAACGAAGACGGUGUUAUUUAUCAUGGAAGAAAUUUGGACUACGAAAUGGGAGAUCUUUUGAAGGAAGUUACAGUUUUAGUGGAUUUCACUCGCGGUAAAGGAGCUGAGAGGAUAAUUGCGUACAGUGGAAUAACGUUUGCACUAUCGUCCACUUUGCUCACUGGUCAGAACGACGCCUUCUCAUUAAGCCUAAAUGCUCGUUAUUCUGGGCCAUACAUAUAUAACAUUUUUAUGGAAUUCUUAACACGUUUCCGAACUCCAGUGGGUUUCCUGCUUCGCGAGGUGUUGUCCUCUUCUGACACAUACGAGAGCGCAUUGAAUCACCUAUCAAAUCGCCAUCUAUUCUCCCCAUCCUACAUCAUUAUUGGAGGUCGUCAAGCCGGUGAAGGUGCCAUCAUCUCAAGGAACAGAAUGAAGGCGGCUGAUGUGAUAACGUUGAGUGAGAACCAAUGGUUCCUUGUGGAAACUAAUUUUGAUCAUUGGGAAAAAGAUAUGGACAAAAGAAGGAUAACCGCCGUCAAAAGACUGAGUGAUAUUGGAAGAACAGGACUGAAUGCAGAUUCGAUGUUAAAAGUUCUGCGAACUGCUCCAGUGAGAAAUAACGAGACUUUGUUCAGUACAGUAAUGAGUGCCAGAUUUCCGCUCCUUCUGAGGAAUUCUACUUUCAUCUGGAAUUAG